GUGAUGACGUUGCCAGGGUAACGCUUUCCUAAUUGGAUGGAAGCCCUUCAGUAAUUCUGGGCUAAUGGCGGACUAAGGAGUGCUGACCCGAGCCGUGCGAUCGACAGGAGGAAUUCACGAAGGAGAAAGCAGCGGCGCGGGGGCGAAGCGGGUCAGAACUCGCGGUGUUUCGGUCCAACAUGGCUCCAGACGGUACCGACGGACCCGGCGCUUUCGCACUCUGAUUUGGAUCCAGCCUGGGAUGAACCGCAGCAACCCGGACAUCCAGAAGAAGCCCGGGCCCAUAGCAGAUGGGCAGAACUCUGAAGGAGCGGGUCCACCACAGGAGCAGAACCGGACCUGUGACACAGAACUGUGUGUGCUGAGGACCUGCAGCUUCUGCCAGCUGACAGAGGAUCCAAGCACAGCAGGCAGGAGGCCCCAGAGCUCGCUCUGUCGCUCUCUCCAGAAAGCAGAGCUCCUGCUCAGAAACACCUUCAGUCCCAGCCUGAAGUGGCUGCUCCACGACCCCAGCCAGGACGAGGAGGAGAACUUUGUGCUGGCGCAUAAUCUGGUGUCGCGCUCGUCUGUGCGCCUCCAACGACUGCAGGUCGCUCUUCUGACUUUAGCUCCACAGUGGCAGCUGGUGGGCGGAGCACAGAUGGGACCUCCUCAGGCCUGUGGAAGGAGACCGUCAAGUGAAGGAGUCGUGUUCCACCUGCUGCCCUUCUGCCACCUUUCAGACCGGUACAGUGCACUGUGGAAGCUUCUGGAGCAGCGGGAACUGCUGCUGUUCGUCCACGAAUACACCAGGAGGCUUCGUCUGAUGACCGCUUACACUUCCAGAGUGCAGCGUCUGCUGGAACCUCAGACCCAGGAACUAAACCUCACACCAAACCAGAACUCCCCUGACUCUGCUCCCUCCUGGGUCGGACUUUGUUCUCUGAGUCAGGAGCUGCGGAUCCAUCUCAGCCACUGGGCCUGUCUGUCCUCCAGAAUCCAGUCAAGUGACUGUCUGAGACGGGCCAUGGCUCGGCACAGCAGGAUGCUGCAGGCUGUGAAGGAGAGCCUGGAUCUGCUGGGUCUACAGGCUCUGCUUGUAAUAGAACGGUAUAUCCAUGCACUUCUUUGUACUGUUGCCCGGACUGGGUCGGACUCCUUAUCGGUAGAGGUUCUGGAGGAUGUUUUGAGAGGGAUGGAGCUGUACAACCUGGCAGUGGAGGAGCACAGUAUGCAUCACAGCGCCCUCCUCCAGUGGACAGUGGUACUGCAGCAGGCCCAUUAUUCGUCCUCGUUUUCUAGUCCUCCACAAAAGAAGAGGUCCUGGCCCAGCCCGGUUCCAGUCGAGCAAUUGCUGACUAUCAUGGCUGCGCAUCACGCAGACAGAGCAGCUGAGCAGUUACACCAGUGGAUCUCUCAGAAGAACUGUCCGGUUCAGGAAGUUCUGUCAAAAAGAUGCACCAAUCUGGGACCUGAGAUCUGCCGUGGUUUCGAUGUUCAGACAUACAGGUGGACCUGGAAACAGCUCCAGAACCUCUUCGUCAUCAAUCCCUCAACUCCAAUCAGGAAACCCCGCUCCGAAAGCCUCCAUGAUGGCUACGUAGAACGUUCUGUUGUGGAAAACCCUGGCUCUGUUUGGCCCAAAGGCACUUCUUUCCAGCGUGGAGGAGAGAGCACAUUCCAGAGUGGUUCUGGCCUGACCCGCAUGGAUUCAGACAUACAUUUAGAGCAUCCAUCUGCUCAGCUUCUGUGCCAGGUUCUGCUGUCCUCCUCUGACCUGCUUCCUCCACCAGUACCAUGUGGAUCCCCAGUAGGAGAACCAAUGGAGCGCGUUCUAGCGGCGCUGAGUGAGUCCAACUGCAGGUCCGAGGGGGAAACCGCCGCUGCACCCAAAGAUAAAAGCAGUGAAGAUCUGCAGAGGAGACGAGGGCAAAACCAUGUUGUGGACGAAAUUGGAUCGGAUCGAACAGAGCAAGACCCAACAAACAGAGAUGAACGUGGCGAGAAUGUGGAGAGCAGACGAGCAAGGCGGUGUGGUUCUCGCUGGCCUCACUCGGUUCAGUGGUUGGACCUCAGUGGGCCUCUGCUACUCACUGACCUGCUGGGUCGUUAUCGUUCCCUGCUGUGGUUCUUCUGCAGAAGAGUCCUCUGGCUGAAGCUUCAUGUCCCAGGAGAUGCCCCUGAGGGCAGUCUUAACCUAUAUGAUGACCUCACCACCUUCAUGGUCUUGGAAAGGAUCUCCAAGGCCGUCGACACAGGUCUGCUCCCAGAUGAGUACCAGGCCAUGCUGGAGGAGCUGGGUCUGCACGUGAAAGUCCUUUGUUCUCACGCUCACUGGGACCAGGGCGUGUGCAGAACGUUAUGUUCUUCUCUCAGAGACAAGUGUGUUGUUCCACAUGAGAGUGGAGUGCCGCCAUCUGUGGAUCGACGGAACCUGUCGCAGACCAUGGAGAGCUUCCUGCAGCUGCCCCCGUCCCUGCUGUGGUCUUUACACAGCCCCCAGUCCGGCCUUCAGGUGUCAGGUGCAGCUAACCUCAACCCCCACAUGUCCGACCUGCAGAGCAGGACGGUCAGUAUGGUCCUGGCUUCAGUGCAGCUGUCCACCGUCUGGGUUGUGUCCAAGGCCUUCCAGUUCCUGUCCUCCUGGAGCCUCCACAAGUUUCUGCUCAUCACACAAGGAGACUUGGAGAUGCUGAUGGAGUCGGUUGAGGAGAUGAUGCGACAGCUGCUGCGUCUGGAUGUGAACCGUCAGCCCUCCAUCUGCAGUCUUCAGCUGGGGCAGCAGCUGGUAGCUCUGAAGGAGGCGGCGUCUGAGCUGCAGGUCUUCUCGUCUCUGGUGCUCAAGACCUUCUCUGUGGCCUGUAAGCAAAUGUCAGAGGAGAUCUUCGAGCAGAAUAUGCCCUCUGCUGGACACUGGAGAUCCAGCAAGCUCACAGGAUUUCCCAGCAACCCCAGCACGUAUGCCGCUCUGGCAGCUCAGACUGUGAUUGGUCAGGUCCUAGAGGGCGUGGCUCAGCUACCUGAUGAGGCCCGGGUCAGGGCGCUCAGUGUCACUAUGACGGCUUUCAUGGAGGCGUGGAUGGAGCACAUCCUCAAAGAGCGGAUCAAGUUUAGUGUGCAGGGGGCUCUGCAGCUGAAGCGGGACUUUGACUCGGUUCGCCUCAUGGUCCAGUCAGAAUGCUACGGUCUGUCCGCCGAGCUCCUCCAGAAGCUGCUCAGCCUCCGGGUUUUCCAGCAGGUGGACUCGGUGGUUCUGUGUCUGCUGCAGCAGCCGCAGGACAGGUCUUCCCUGAAGAGCAGCACUUGGGAGCCUCUCAUCCGCUGCUGUCCAACCAGCAGCAGGGACAGCAUGGACGCGGCGGCGGCCGGACACAUCACCAACCUCGGCUUCCUGGACGGCGAGGAGCCUAACCAGUCCGAUGCCCCGGUUCUGAACUCUGACCUGCUUGCAGUGGAUCCACCCACCCCAGCAGAACCUUACCUAGCACCAAGCACGGUGCUGGGUCCAGCUCAGCAGGACUGGUUGGACCUGAGGAUCCAGAGUGGCGCCCGCCGCUGGAGGCUGCCAGGACUGCAGUGUCUGUCCAAAGCCGAGCUGUGACCCGGCGCAUCGAUCCAACUGUUGUCGUUUUUGUAAAUAAAUCUAAGUGAUGACACAGCAUGA